AUGAGCAUGGACGCAGGCGGUCUUGCUCAAAUGUCCUACAACAACUUCCAGGCCGGCGGCAUUGGCAUGCCGUCGUCGAGCUUUGCAUCUCGAGGCAAGGGCGCUGCGCUCAAGCGCCUCAGCGUCGCCUCGGCACCAAAGGUUGCCCCAAUUGCUGAAAACGAGGCCUCGACGCCCCGCACGAGCCGCUCUCAUCUCCUGGCUGGCCUCCGCACCGCCCCAAAGACGCCCACGUCAGCCAUGCCUCCCGCGUCGGCUCCGUACAACCAGCGCCAGCACAACAUUGGUCCUCAACCUGGCAACCGCUACCCGAGGCAGGGCUUUGGAGCCAACCAGGGCGGUCCCCAGACUGCCAUUGGAUCUGGUUUCCCCAGCACCAGCCAGUACAAUCAGCAGCACAAUCAGCAACAGCAGCAACAGCAUAACAUCUACGAUCAAGUCUUGGCCCCUCCCUCUAUGCAAUUCGACGAUGGCGACAUGGAUCCCAACGUCGCGGCUCAGCUGCUGGCUACCGAGUUGUACCUCGCUCAGAGGCAGCAGCAGCUCCAGCAGCAACUUCUCGCUUUGACCUCGCAGCAGUUUGGGGGCAUGAACAUCAACGGUGGCAUGCGUCAGGCGCAGCAGUUUGCUUCCAACCAGUACACACCACAAGUGAACGCGUACGGCCAGCAGCUCCAGAACACCCCGCUGAUCCAGGAGACCGGCCAGCCCGGCAUCUACCUCGUAUACAACCAAAUGACCGGCCAGUCCCAGUACGUUGUGGACCCUAGCUUCCAGCAGAACGACAUGCAUGCGCAGUCCAACAUGUCGCAAUCUCCGCCCCCGCCGACUCCGGGCUUCGCACCAUCGCCACCAAAGCUCGACACGCCAGUUCUCCACGUGUCCCCUCCCAACGAGGUCAAUCCUAGCCCAUGGGGUUCGCGCAGUGUGUCUCCUCCCAAGAAGUCGGGGACGCCGCCUCAGGACGUUGUCCCGCUCCCACCACCUUCCGCGAAUGCCUUCCGUCGAGGCCACAAGAAGGGUCUGUCCUCUCUUGCUCUUGAUACGACCGCUCAGACGUCCGAUGGUCCCCGAUCUGCUCUUAUCCGUCCCGUCGGCUUCCCAGCUACUCCAAUGACCGGUACAUUUGGACCCGGUCAAGCACGAGCCGGAGAACACCCGAUCCGUCAGCCCCGCGGCCCUCCCUCCAUCGAUGAGCUCAAGGCCAGCCCCACCACCAAGCAUGAGGGCAGCAAGAACUUUGCUACCCGCCAACGACGACAGGCUGUGAGCAAUCUCGUACGCGCUGGCAUUGGCCGUCGUGGUCACCGAGACGGUAGCGGCAGCGUCUCUCCUGUCAGCGAGACGUUCCCCUCAUCUGACAACGAAUCCGACAGCGGUCGCAGUGGUGGAAGUGGCAGCCUUUCCGGCAGGCCUAGCAUUGGCAGCCUCCGCGCGGUAGCCAACGGUGCGAUCGGCUCAGAGCGUCAGGCUUCGAAGGAGCGCUCUUGUGACCGUGCCUCCGUCAAUCGAUCUUACACUGCCAGCAGUGUGAGCAGCGAUGAUGGUGCUUCUACCGGAGGUGGUCUCGUCGAGAUUCGCGCAGGUACACCCAGGCUCAUUCUCACCAGCGCCGAGAAGCGAAAGAGCACACUAUUUUAG